CGCUGCUAUGCAACCUCUGAUAGAAACAGAGUAACAGAGUAACAGAGAAAAGGAAAUUCAUCUCAAGUUCUCCCCUUGGCCGCACCUGGUGCGCGAGCCUAGAACGUCACCAAGAACCAUCCUUCAGCUAUACAUAAGCCGGAUCCAAGCUUACCCUUGAAGUGAGCACUGCCAUCUCUUUGAAUCACCCUUCUAGUUGACAACCCAGGAAAGCUUAGCGAACUCGUUAUUAAUCUUACUCGCCGGCGUUGAGAUCAACGAGCAGACCAGUCUCUAGCGAUCGUCUUCUCAUUCACGCACAAGACCAGUCUCUCUUGUCUUCUCCUUCACGCUCAACGCAGAACAGCUCCUUCUCUCUCUCUCUCUCACUCUCUCUCUCUCUCUGUGCUAGCAUCUCAGGAAAAAGAAAAGAAAAAAAAUCCUUGGUCAUUUUCAACAUGGGUGCGAAAGGCAAAGUGAAGAGUUUGAACAAAGAAAUGAAUGAUAAAGAUGAGAAAGAAGAAACCAGAAGCAGCACGAUCUCAAAAUCUCAGAGUCGAGCAAAAGAGCAUAUGAAGGAACUAGAAAGACUUAAGGAAAAGGAUCCAGAAUUCUACGAGUUUUUGAAAGAGCAUGACAAGGAGCUUCUACAAUUUAAUGAUGGGGAUAUUGGCGAUGAUGUUGAUACCGACGUAGAAGAUGCAGAUUUACAAGUUGAUAAUGAAACUGGCAGGCAUGAUAUAGCAGAGAAAGAAGAGAAACCCUCAAAAAAGGUUAUAACAACUGCAAUGGUCGAUUCCUGGUGUAACUCGAUACAAGAAAAUGGGAACUUAAGUGCAGUUCGUUCGCUUAUGAGAGCAUUCAAGACCGCAUGCCACUAUGGUGAUGAUGGUGGGGAUGAUUCUUCAGCGAAGUUCAGUAUUAUGUCAAGUAGUGUCUUUAAUAAAAUAAUGUUGUUUGUGUUAAGUGAAAUGGAUGCAAUACUUCGGAAAUUGUUGAAGCUCCCUGCUUCUGGCGGAAAGAAAGAGACCAUAGUUAAUCUCAUGAACUCAAAACAAUGGAAGAACUACAAUCACUUGGUGAAGUCAUAUCUUGGAAAUUCCCUACAUGUUCUGAACCAAAUGACUGAUACAGAAAUGAUAUCAUUUACUUUACGGCGUCUCAAAUAUUCUUCCAUAUUUUUGGCUGCUUUCCCAAGCUUCUUAAGGAAGUACAUUAAGGUUGCACUUCACUUUUGGGGCACAGGCGGUGGUGCCCUACCUGUUGUCUCGUUUCUAUUUUUAAGAGAUUUAUGCAUACGGCUUGGAUCUGAUUGCUUAGAUGAAUGCUUUAAAGGGAUAUAUAAAGCCUACGUAUUGAACUGCCAGUUUAUAAAUGCAAUGAAAUUACAGCAUAUCCAGUUUCUUGGAAAUUGUGUCAUUGAACUUCUGGGAGUGGAUCUUCCGACUGCAUAUCAACAUGCCUUUGUUUUUAUUCGGCAAUUGUCAAUGAUUUUACGGGAGGCACUUAGUACAAAAACAAAGGAGGCAUUCCGAAAGGUGUAUGAGUGGAAGUUCAUUAACUGCCUUGAGCUUUGGACUGGAGCUAUCUGUGCAUACAGCUCAGAAGCUGACCUUAGGCCCCUUGCAUAUCCUCUGACCCAAAUAAUUUCUGGGGUAGCCCGGCUUGUUCCAACGGCUAGAUAUUUUCCCCUUAGAUUGAGGUGUGCCAAAAUGCUUAACCGAAUUGCCGCUUCCACUGGUACUUUCAUACCUGUUUCUUUGUUCCUUUUGGAGAUGCUGGAAAUGAAAGAAUUAAAUAGACCCCCCACUGGAGGUGUUGGCAAAGCUGUUGAUUUGCGUACUUUACUCAAGGUAAGCAAGCCAACCCUGAAGACAAGGGCAUUUCAGGAGGCAUGUGUUUUUUCUGUGAUUGAGGAGAUAGCUGAACAUUUAGCUCAAUGGAGCUAUUCUGUCGCAUUCUUUGAGUUGUCUGUUAUCCCACUUGACCGAAUGCGUAGGUUUUGCAAAUCUAGCAAAGUUGACAGGUUCCGGAAAGAAAUGAGGCGUCUUAUACGUCAGAUUGAGGCUAGCUCCGAGUUUACGAAUGAAAGGCGUAUGUCAAUUUCUUUUCUUCCGAAUGAUCCGGCCGCAUCAUCUUUUCUUGAGGAUGAAAAAAGGUUGGGGGCUAGCCCUCUGUCACAGUAUGUCUUAACUCUACGCCAAAGAGCACAGCAGAGAUAUGAUUCGUUGAUGGAAUCCAGUGUUCUUGUCGGUGAGCAUGCUUCUGUCUUCGGGAAUAAGAUACCAGAAAGUGAUGAAGAGGAUGAUACGGGGAAUGAGGAAGGUGCUGCCGUCUUUAACUCCUCCUCCUGGUUACCAGGAAGUGAUUCCAAGGCUAAGAAGCCUAAAGAAAUGAAAAAGAAGAAAAAGAAUAGAAAUAUGGAAGAGCACAAAGAGGUUGCUUUGGAUGAAGACGUUGUUGAGGACUUGGUACUCAGUUCUGAUGAAGAUGAGUCUGAGAGUGAUAACCCCUCCGCUGGGGACGAUGACAAUGGGAAGCCAGUGCCUCAACAGCAAAGCAAAAGGCGGAGACGGCCUACAAAUAUGUCAAAGAAGAAUGCAAAAUCUCAUGCAAAGAGGUCCAUGAAGAGGAAGAGGGCUAAUUGACAUGACACUCGAUCUUAACAAUUGCAUUAGUCUAAUUUAUUUUACGCAUCGACCUGGCUGUUGUAGAUGCCAGUUUUAUCAAGCGGCUUUUACUUACGUACAGAAGUUCUUCAUGAGAGAAUUUUGAUUUUUGUUUUCGACGGGAAAUCCAAAUGCAAUAUUGUCCCCAAGGGGUAGUUCAA